AUGAGCUUCGACCCUCUUCGCCCGCGGGGGCGCCCAGCCCACACACCUGGCACAACGAUACUGACAUACACACCUGAUGGACGACGGAUCAUUACUGGUGGCUCCAACUCGGCAAUUCGUAUCUACACGGUCGGCGAAGAUGGAGAGCCCAAGACCAUCGAUGAAGGUGUUGACGCGCAUUUUGGUGUUGGUGCUACGAACCGGUCUUUCAUCAUGGGUGCUGAGGAUGGGACAGUCUGGAAGUACGACAUUAUGUCGGGCAAGAUGCAAAACUUGCUUGUACGAUGCGCUUUACCAGUUAGAGACAUUGCAGUUACGAGAGAUGGGGAAUGGGUUGCGGUAGCAAGCGAUGAGCUCACAGUCAAGAUCGUGAAAGUCGACGACAUGACGCAGGUCAAAUACCUUCGGGAACAGUCCAAGGGUACGAAACAUGUCACAUUCGAUCCCAGUGGCCGAUAUGCGACAGUAUCCGGAACGGAUGGGAUUCUCUAUAUAUACUCCAUGCACGAAGAGGAACCGGAGUUAGUCCGCAAACUCGAUGGAGUAAUUCAACGACUGGAACCAGAUGCCGAGGGGACAUCAAGAGUAGUGUGGCAUCCCGAUGGUACUGCAUUUGCAUCUGCAGAAGCGACCAGAGAUAUCUCUGUCUACUCAACCUCGGAGUGGAAGAAAGAGAAAACAUUUGCCGGUGGUCAUACUGGCGACAUCACAGCCUUGAGCUGGGCCCCGAACGGAGCUCUCCUGGCAUCUGCAGCGGCAGAUGGACAUAUCGUGCUCUGGGAAGCAAAGACGCAAAAUAUCUUGCAGCGGUACGACUUUGAAAAUGUCAUGAACCUAUCAUGGCAUCCGACCAAGAACUCGCUUUCAUUCACAACUUCAGAUGGAGAGCUUUUCAUCUACGAUAACUUUGUGCCGAAGGAUCACGAGCCUUUGCUGCAUAAAUCGCUGCAGGCUGCUCCUAUCUUGCCUGGACCCCUGGGCGAGAUCUCCAAUAAUGUAGGGCGAACCACACUGGCGGAGCGGUCCAAGGAGGCCAUCCAGCGAGCGGCGAGAAGAGGAAGUCCAGACUCACUUGCUGAUAUCUUUAGUGGAGAUGACCAGAUGAUGGAUUUUGUCGAGGAUGAUGAUGGGGCUGGUUAUGCCGAUGAGGAGCUAAAUAUGUAUGGCAAGCGGCCAAACGAUCAUCUCGAUGAUCUCGGCGGUACUAGUAACAAGCGCCUUUACUCUGGCAUCGAGAGGCCCCAGGCCCAUCAGCCUUUUCAACCCGGUAGCACGCCUUGGGCUGGGAGUAGGAGAUAUCUCUGCUUGAACUUGACAGGAGCUGUCUGGACGGUGGACCAGGAGACUCAUCACACUGUAACUGUGGAAUUCUAUGACCGAGAAGCCCAUCGAGACUUCCACUUCACUGAUCCAUAUAUGUAUGACAAGGCUUGUCUGAAUGACAACGGAACACUUUUUGCCAAUAACCCUUCGGACGGUGGUCCGGCCACUAUCUUUUACCGACCACACGAGACGUGGACUGCACGAGCCGACUGGCGGACUGAAUUGCCCCAAGGGGAGCAAAUUCAAGCUCUGGCACUUAGCGAUUCAUAUAUUGUCGCUGUGACAUCAAAGGACUAUGUCCGAGUGUACACUCUUUUUGGAACCCCUUUCAAGGUGUAUCGACAGAAGAGCCAAGCCGUGACUUGCGCGGCCUGGCGCGACUACAUUAUGAGUAUCGGCAACGGCGCUAUAGGGGUUGAUGGCCACACGACAUUACGAUACACAGUGGAAAAUGUCAAGCGCGACGAGAUUUGCCAAAACGAGGACACUGUCGCCCUUCCCGAAGGCGCCUCGCUGCAGAGUGUUUUCUUCUCCGAUAAUGGGGAUCCUUGUAUUUAUGACUCGACUGGCGUCCUAUUAGUCCUGCAACACUGGCGUACACCCGGCCAAGCCCGAUGGGUACCACUCCUGGACACGAAGCAGAUGGCACGUCUCGCGGGGGGACGGAAAGAAGAAACAUACUGGCCAGUGGCUGUCGCACAAGACAAGUUUCACUGUAUCAUUCUCAAGGGUGGCGACAAGAAUCCUUACUUCCCACGGCCGCUGCUCAGUGAAUUCGACUUCCAAAUUCCGAUUGCCAGUGCUCCGAAGGUUUCGAGUGAAUCUGACGACACAGCAGCCGAGGGCGCCCGUUUCGAAGAAUCAUUCGUACGUGGAAACGUACUUUUGUCGCUCUUCCGCGACCUUUUAUCGUCAACCAAUGCGACAGCAAGCCAGCGUUCUGACCUGGCGCGGAGAGAGGUCGAGUUGGAUAAGAACUUGCUGCAGAUGCUGGCCAUUGAAUGCAGAGAGGGCGAGGAACGUGGGAUGAAGGCGCUGGAGCUGGUAACGUUGAUGACGGACCGCAACGGUAAGAUGCUCGAAGCGUCCGCUAAGAUUGCACAGCGAUUUGGACGUGGAAUUCUAGAGGACAAGAUCCGCGAUCUGGCUGAACGGCGUGUCAUGGGAAUGGAAGACGAUGAACUGGCUUGA